GAGCUCGACGCCCAGUCCAGCAGCCACCUCGGCAGUGGAAGAACGUGUAGUGUCUGUCGGGAGCUGUGCUGCUAACAGUACCUCACAUUAUCUGGUGGCCGUGACCCACUUGUGGCAGUGUAAUGCAUGAUACUAACGUGUGUAUUACCUACUGUUGCAUCUAACAUAUGUAUCAUUUCGUUUUGGAACCUUCCAACAAGAAUAACAAUAUCUGUAUUUGAAACUUCGUCAUGCAGCUGUACAGUGGCAGAAUGCGUGAUCAGCCGAGACCAGCCGUAAGGUGCAUCCUCUUAAUGACGCUUCUCGUGACGUCACGGGCAGUAGCCAAUCAUGAUGAGGCUUCACCUGGUGAUAUCAUCACCCCGAAGGAUCAACUACCAGGGCCCAACUGGGAGGACAACGAGGAAUCCUUCAGGAUCCUGCAACCACGUGUGGCGUCCCCAGCACCCCUCCAACACCACCUCCACUAUCACCAGCACGACCAGGUGCAGAAUCACGAUAAGCCUCAAAUAGUUGAGCGUGAGGCGCGGACUCGACGCUCAGUAGCAGGUCGGAGUUCAGGAAGUGACAUGGUCAGUCACUUUGGAGGGAUCGGAAACCCCGGCCUACUAGGUUUUCCUAUUAGUCUUGGUAACUCCAGUAGCUACUUGGUUCCUUCAGAGGACCACGGCACCACCCAUCCACCCAUCUACGGAGGAGUUGGUGAUGAUAUACGAGAACAUUUUCCAUUAGUGUUUGGAGGUUCUCUUAACAGCAGCAAUAAUCAACAAUUCGUUUCAGUCGGGAAUCAAAGGCCAUCGAAUAUUUUUUCAGCUUCCUACAGCUCGCCCACCUCAGCAGCCUCAACAUGGGGUAAUCCUCCACACGACACCUCCAACACGCCCACGCCCUUAACACCUGCCAACUUCCAACACUUAUUUAAUGCGCAACUUGCACACGAUAAUGAUCUUCCAGUGGAGGAAAAUAUUUCGUCUUCAAGCUCUGUUCCGGUGUCGUCUGGUGCUGCUGCUCCUGAUGGCUUGGACUCACAGUACCAUUCACAACAAACACCUCCCAAAAUCAAUACAUUGCAACUGCUCAAUAAAUUCUAUGAAAAUUUUGCAUCUAGUAAUCCGUCAUACACUUCUCAACAACAGCAGCAUCCACAAAAUGACCCGUUGAUACCAGAUAUAAGUACGUUAGACGACGCCUCACACCAGGUUAGUCAGCGACCCUACAUACCGGCCUAUGGCAAUCUCCAGGUAAACCAAAACACUGACCUACAGAAUGACGACGUGAAGGUGGUAAAUGCAGAGGUGUUUACCGCAGUGCAAAGCGCGGACGUGGUGGACGCAGAGGUGCAAAGCGCGGACGUGGUGGACGCAGAGGUGGCUUCCGCAGCAGCUGCCUCAGCUACCACAAGUGCCUCAGGUUGUUUGUCCAGCAGUGCGUGUGCCUUGUUCGUUGCUAUCGCCUUGGCCUUUGGUGCCACGUCAGCCUUUACCAUUCCUUUCUUCGCUCCGGGUAUUCUGGGACGUAGAAGGAGAAGUAUUGAUUAUGUUGUUUUAUCUCAGGAUAAUGCGACUUCCUUCCUUAAUAAUUACCUGAAUUUCUUAAAGAAUGAUUCAAUUAAUAUUUCUAAAUCGGAAAAUCUCUUCUUCAAAGCACUCACUGACCCAACCGAUGAUUCUACAAGACAGAUACUUAAGAAACUUGAACACUUUAUACUGAAGAACAAAGAUAAGCUACUUAACAUUACCGCACAAGAAUUACAGUUAAAAGAAUCAAAUCCAGUUCUCGAUGUAAUAUCAGAGAAUGUUGAUAAAACAAAUACCAAACCAACUUCUGUAUCUAUGAAGCCGUCAGAUGGAGAGAUGCCAGACACUGUUGUGAGUAAGCAUGACAAUAUACAUACUCAGUACACAUGGUCUGUCCAGGAUCACCCGUCACCACUACGCUCUGAUGGUCGUGCAUUUGGGUCACAUUUAAAAUCACCAGGUGCAAAUUAUGACAUUCUUGGUGCGAAAUACUCAGAAGGUAAUAGCCAUAACCCUUACUCACAACUACAUCAACCAGGGGUCACAACAACUACCUCAACGUUGCCCUACAACACCCAACGUGUCUCCCACCUCAACACUUCAUUCUUGAGCAGACGGUGGUCAACAGAGAGCUACAACACUCAGCCACAUCCCACCAACUUGCUUCAAUAUGUAAGAAGUGUGAACACUCCUUAUCGUGUGAGCAAUAGAGCUUUACCAGAUUCAUCUCACUAUUACCCAACACCAGACUAUGACUCCCCGUAUACCCACCAUCCUUCCCAUGCAUCUGGAGGUGUUGACAUCUUGCAGAGGACAGAGAGGCAGGGAGGAGGGCGGGAGAGGGUGGCCCUCUACCGUACCGUGUGCUCUGGCCUCCACCACCCUCACAUUCCCGACAACGACAUCACCAGGUUCAUCGCCAACAAGUGCAACAUUCUUCAGUAUGCUGGCAUUAUCUAGAGGUUCUCAUUUUCCUCUCAGUAUUAAACCAUAGGUAUCUGCUAAAGACUCAUCUUAAUGUGCUGUGUGUUUAAUGGGUCAAUGUUUCAGUGUAAAGGUAAAUUUAUUACUGAUAAGCCAAACAUAGUUUUAACAGUGUAUUGACUUUGUGAAAAAAAUAUCAUUGUCACUCCAUACACUAAAUUUAAUCACAAGCAUAAUAAUUGCUGUUAUAGAUCAUCUGGAGACGACAACAUGUGCUAAUUGAAAUUCAGGCCAAAGAGCAUGAUAUACUACUGUUCUGUGUGUGUGUAUGUGUUACGCUAAAAAUGGAAAAUCGUCCGGUUACGCCUUAAAACUCAACUGACGUUUUGGCUCAUUUCAAAUGUGGGUAAAUUUGUUCAUUUCUACAUAAUACGUCGUUUACGAUCAUAACCAUGCCUGUAUACCUAAAUCAGUCUAAGCAAGGUUACCUAAGAUGGUGAUGAUACUAUUCACAUUCUUGUAUUAUGAAUUAUUAUUUCGCAACUAUCCAUAUUUAGCGUGACAAUAUGUCUAUCUACACACACAUGAAACGCAAAAAUGCACAUAUUCCCUAGUGAGGGUGAAUUACAUUCCCGUCACUUAAUGAAACUUGCAUAUUACAGUACUGUUAUUUACAGUACAGAUGGGUUACUUGAAAUGAAGAUAUAUUUUCUUAACAGUUUUGUAAAUAUAUCGUUCAUAAAUGUUUACUUAACAUUCCAUUCACCAUAUUUAAUACACCAUACAAAUGUAGGUAGUAUGCCGCCAUCAAACAGGGAGGUACUACCGCCUGGGAAGACAUUGUUAGCAUAAUGUAUUGUCUAAUGGUAGAUCUGGCUG